UUGUUGGGAGACAUGCUUCCUAGCGUUGAAACGGUAGCCCCACAAGGUUCGCUACGAUCAGUUGUCUUCCACCAGAGGACUACGUUAGACGUGUUUUCCCGUCGCUCCGCGAAAAUCGGAAAAUCAUGUGCCGGAGCAAAUUUUAAGUGGCUUUCCAUUUGGAUCAUUGGUGCAUUGAACUGUGAUAUGUCGAUAGAUCUUCAUUGGUGAAACAUUGGUGCAAUCAAUGUCACUGCAUUUCGAGCUGUGAUUUCAAGAGCAAAAUUGGAAUAAAAUUGAAUUUGUUGUGAUUGAUGGCAAAGUGAGAGAGAAAAAAGAAAUUUAAACAGCAAAGUGCAUCGAAAACGUAAAUAAUUUAUUACAAGCCUUAACGAAUACAAGUACAUAUACAAAAUAGCAAAAGCUGCCAUUCGACGAUCCGGCGAACAACCAAGUAGUUCACAAAAUGACUGAGGAAAAGGCGAAAUCGAGCCCCGAAACAACGGCUACCCAAUUUGUAGCGAGUGAUUUUAAUUCCACCACAAAACUCGCCGAUGAUGACGAUUACAAUCCAUUCGAGCAUCGGCAGCUCGAAAAGCCAAACAGCACAAGUGGCUCUCUCAUACAUCUACUGAAAAGUUCCCUGGGUACCGGUAUUCUGGCCAUGCCCGUGGCCUUCAAAAAUGCCGGUCUUCUGUUCGGCGCCUUAGGUACCGUGAUAAUUGGCCUAAUCUGUACACAUUGUGUACAUAUUCUGGUCAAAACCUCACAUAUGGUGUGCCAAAGGACGCGGAUACCGGUGCUGGGCUUCGCCGAAACCGCCGAACGUGUCUUCGAGUACGGACCGGUCAAACUGCGGGGCAUGGCCAAAUUCUCGAAACUUUUCGUUGACUAUGGUCUGAUGGCGACGUACUUUAGCGCUGGCUGCGUGUAUAUCGUCUUCAUCGGGAGCUCGCUGGGGAAGGUGAUAAACGAUGCCGCCGAGCUUGACUGGAGCGUCCGCAUCUACAUCCUGUUCACCAUGAUUCCAAUACUGGCCAUCGGUCAGAUUCGGGAGCUGAAAUUCCUCGUUCCAUUCUCGGCGCUGGCCAAUUUGUUCAUCGUCGUAACCUUCGGCAUCACGCUGUACUACAUUUUCAAAGAUCCCCUGCAGUUCGACGAUAAACCUAGCUUCGCAUCGUUCGCAACGCUGCCUCUGUUCUUCAGUACCGUUAUUUUUGCAAUGGAAGGUAUCGGUGUCGUCAUGCCUGUGGAAAACUCGAUGGCUAAGCCACAGCAGUUUCUCGGAUGCCCGGGAGUCCUGAACACCGCUAUGGGAACAGUCAUCACUUUGUACGCCGUUAUUGGAUUCUUCGGUUAUGUGCGAUAUGGAGAGGAGUCUGCCGGAAGUGUUACAUUGAAUCUGCCAGUCGAAGAUGCUCUAGCCAAAGCCGCUCAACUGCUAAUCGCCGCAGCCAUCCUCUUCACUUUCGGUCUUCAGUUCUAUGUCCCAAUGGACAUUCUGUGGAAGAAGAUCCACGAUAAAAUCCCAAAGGACAAGCAUAACAUUUCCCAGAUAGCCAUUCGCACUGGAAUCAUGAUUCUGAUGGGCUGCGUUGCGCUCGCUGUGCCCGAUCUAGAACCAUUUAUCGGGCUGGUGGGUGCCAUUUUCUUCUCCAGUCUGGGCUUGCUGGUGCCUUGCGUGGUGGAAACCGUCUUCUUGUGGCCCAACGAGCUCGGAACCUUCAAGUGGGUGCUGAUCAAGAACGUCAUCUUCGGAGCAUUUUCGAUUUUCGCCUUGAUCGCGGGAUCGUACGUCAGCAUUGAGGAAAUUAUAAAGCUGUACACCGGAGAAGAACAUACCGAGUAAAGAGAAGUAGAAGUUUAUUCCUCGACAGGUGAAAAAAAAAGUUCAACUUUAACAUGCCAUCUUACAUUAAGAUAGUCUCGACGGAAUGGAAAAACAUUCUCGUAGAAGAUUUAAGCUGUGCGUUUUUUUUUUGUUCGAAAGGUAACGAAUGAUUUCAUUAAAUGUAUGCAGGGACUUACAGUGAUCUAGGAGCGCUGAGAUGGCGUUCUCCGCAGUAUUUUUAACUCUACAUUCUAGUGGAAUAUAGCAUUUGUUGCACAUGUGUUAGAUUACACAAUAAGUUUUAAAUGUAGAUAGGUGAGAAAAUAUAUUUCAACAUAUUAACGAUUGAU